AUGUUUAACCAAAAGAGCACAGAGUCUGCUAUAAAGAAUCUGGAGGUCCAAGUGGGACAACUCACAAAACAAUUGGCGGAUAGGCCAUCAAGCAGCUUUAGUGCUAACACUGAGAAAAAUCCAAAGGAAGAAUGUAAAGUUGUCAUGACAAGGAGCAGAAUGGCAACCCAUGUGGACGAAAGAAAAACUGAGAAGAGGAUGGAGGAACAUAAACAACAGAUGGCUGAUGAACUGGUGCUGGAACCGGUUAAUGAUUUAGUUGAACUUGAAGAAAUUGUUGAGGAAGCAAAAGAGAAGGUUGUUGAGAUUGAAAAGAAGAAGGGCAAAAGUGAGGCUAACUCAAAAAAGAAGAAAAAGGCUACUCCUAUUGAAUGCAAGGAGGUACCUUAUCCAUUGGUACCCUCCAAGAAAGAUAAAGAGCGACAUUUGGCAAGAUUUCUUGAUAUCUUCAAGAAACUAGAAAUUACUUUGCCAUUUGGAGAAGCACUUCAGCAAUUGCCCCUCUAUGCCAAAUUUUUUAAGGAUAUGCUAACAAAGAAGAAUCGAUACAUCCAUAGUGGCAGAAUUGUUAUGGAAGGUAACUGUAGUGUUGUGAUUCAACGCAUUCUUCCACCUAAGCACAAAGACCCUGGAGUUGUCACGAUACCGUAUUCUAUUGGUGAGAUUGUUGUAGGCAAAACUCUUAUAGACUUGGGAGCUAGUAUCAAUUUAAUGUCUCUUUCCAUGUGCUGGCGACUUGGAGAGAUAGAGAUAAUGCCUACAUGCAUGACCCUCCAGUUAGUUGACCGCUCUAUUACAAGGCCAUAUGGAGUCAUUGAAGAUGUUUUGGUGAAGGUUAAACACCUUAUAUUCCCAGCUGAUUUCGUUGUCAUAGAUAUAGAAGAGGAUGCUGACAUUCCUCUCAUUCUUGGUUGCCCAUUCAUGUCUAUUGCAAGCUGCAUGGAGGACAUGGGAAAGAAGAUACUGCAGAUGGGCAUAGAAGAUCAGAAGAUCAGCUUUGAUUUGUUCCAUGAGGACAAAGAUCCACCUCACCAAAAUGUCUAUCUGAAAGUGCAUGUGAUGGAGGAAAAGAGACCUGAGAAGAAGGUCCUUGAAGUAGGAACUCUCUUGGAUCCUGGAUAA